AUGGCCGGUAUCAAUGCCGCCCUCAACCUUCUUCGUACUCCCCGAACACCCCGGACACCCGGCAAGGUCGAGCUGCCAUUGGGAGAAAACGAGCCUCUUGUAGCCGAGGGCCUGGUGUCCGAGAAGUGCGAACUGAGGAUAGAGGGUAUGACUUGUGGUGCAUGCGUAGAGUCAAUAGAAGGCAUGCUCCGUACGCAAGCCGGCAUCCAUUCCGUGAAAGUGGCGCUCUUGGCUGAGCGCGGCGUGGUGGAGUACGAUCCAAAUAUCUGGGACGCCGAGAAGAUUGUUUCCGAAAUAUCAGACAUUGGAUUCGACGCUACUCACAUCCCACCGGCAGGCGCCGACACCAUCAGCCUCCGCAUAUAUGGCAUGACGUGCUCGUCAUGUACAUCUACGGUAGAAACCCAGCUCAGCGCCAUGCCAGGAGUUUCGGCGGUCUCUGUGUCCUUGGCCACUGAGUUAUGUCAAGUCACCUUUGACCGCAGUAUGGUCGGACCUCGAGAGCUCGUGGAGCGGAUAGAAGACAUGGGGUUCGAUGCCAUGGUCUCGGACCAGGAAGACUCGACUCAACUACGAUCUCUCGCCCGGACAAAAGAGAUACAGGAGUGGUGGACUCGCUUCAAGUGGAGUCUCAUUUUCGCCAUCCCUGUCUUCUUCUUCACCAUGAUUGCUCCCAAAAUCCCUUUCCUAUACCCCUUCGUCGAACACCAGAUCUGCCGCGGCGUGUAUGUCGGCGACCUCAUUGCGCUCAUCCUCACCACUCCCGCUAUGUUCUGGGUUGGCCAGCGGUUCUUCAAGAACGCUUACAAAUCACUGAAGCAUGGGAGUGCGACCAUGGACGUGCUCAUCUCCCUUGGGUCUUCCGCUGCCUACAUCUACUCCCUCGGCGCGAUGUGCUUCAUGGCGUUCGACCGCACUCUAGAAUACCACCCCAUGGUCUUCUUCGACACCAGCACCAUGCUCAUCAUGUUCGUCUCCCUCGGUCGAUACCUCGAAAACCGCGCGAAGGGCAAGACAAGCGCUGCGCUGACUGAUCUCAUGGCGCUCGCACCCUCCAUGGCCACCAUCUACGCCGACCCUCCCGCAUGCACACAGGAGAAGAAGAUCGCCACCGAGUUGCUCCAGGUCGGCGAUACCGUCAAACUUGUUCCUGGAGAGAAGAUCCCGGCUGACGGCACCGUCCUGCGCGGGACUUCGACCAUCGACGAGAGCGCUGUCACUGGCGAACCCAUUCCCGUUCUGAAGCAACAGGGCGACCCGGUCAUUGGUGGCACCCUCAAUGGCCUCGGCACUUUCGACAUGGUCGUUACUCGCGCCGGUAAGGACACUGCCCUCUCCCAGAUCGUCAAGCUCGUCGAAGAGGCGCAGACAUCGAAGGCUCCCAUCCAAGCGUUCACGGACAAGGUCGCAGGUUACUUCGUCCCCACCGUAAUCUGUCUCUCGGCGAUCACGUUCCUCGGCUGGCUUGCAGUUUCGCACCUCGUUCCUGAUAGCGAUCUACCCUCGCUCUUUCAUGCCCACGGCGCGUCAAAACUCGCAGUCUGUCUUCAGCUCUGCAUUUCCGUUGUCGUCGUCGCAUGCCCGUGCGCGCUCGGCCUCAGCACUCCGACUGCGAUCAUGGUCGGCACCGGUAUGGGCGCGAAGAACGGUAUCCUGAUCAAGGGUGGUCGGGCGCUCGAAGCCAGUCGUAUGAUCAAGCACAUCUGUCUCGACAAGACCGGCACUGUCACCGAAGGCAAGCUCACGGUCUCGUCUGUCACGUGGGCUCCCGCCGCAGACCACUCCGACCUCGACGGCCUGUCCAGCGCCCACAACCUGGACGACGCGCCUCUCAGCACCAAGGUUCUGGGCAACGUCACCCGCGCAGAGCUCAUUGCGAUGGUUGCGGCCACUGAGGCCCGUUCAGAGCAUCCGCUUGCGAAGGCUGUCGCCGUGUACGGGAAGGAUCUACUCGGAAAGGCCGUCGUUGCCGUCCCCGACGUCGCGAUCGACCAAUUCGAGAGCGUCACGGGCGCAGGCGUCAAGGCGACCAUUUCGCUCCCGCACGGGAAGGGCCGCCAGGACGUUUACGUUGGCAACGCACGCUUCGUUCUGCAGUCUUCGGAUGCCAGCCUACCGUCUGCACUCGCCGCAUUCGAUGAAACAGAGUCCACGCUCGGACGCACGUCGAUUUUUGUUGGCCUCGCCCCUUCCGGCAAGCCUCCUUCGCCGAUAAUGGCUAUCGCGCUCUCGGACAAGCCACGCGCUUCCUCAAUCCACGCGAUCCGUGCGCUGCAAGAUAUGGGUAUCACCGUGAACAUGAUGACCGGCGACUCGAAGGGCACUGCACUUGCGGUCGCGAAGCAGGUCGGUAUCCACACACAGAACGUAUGGUCGAGCAUGAGUCCGAAGGGCAAGGCAUCAGUCGUGACCGAGCUCAUGGAGAAGCACGGCGGCGGCGUAGCCAUGGUCGGUGACGGCAUCAACGACUCGCCCUCGCUAGUCGCCGCGUCUGUGGGUAUUGCGCUGGGCUCCGGUACCUCGGUUGCCAUCGAGGCGGCGGAUAUCGUGCUUAUGCGCUCGGACCUGCUUGACGUCGUCGCCGCGCUGCACCUUUCGGCCGCGAUCUUCUCGACGAUCCGCCGGAACUUGCUCUGGGCGUGCUUCUACAACGUCCUCGGCAUACCCCUCGCCAUGGGCCUCUUCCUCCCCCUCGGCGUCUCUCUACCCCCAAUGACCGCCGCCGCCGCCAUGGCUUUCUCCUCCGUCUCCGUCGUCUCGAGCUCUCUCCUCCUCAAGUGGUGGACGAGGCCCGCCAGCAGCGUCAUGCCCGGGGAGGUCAUCCCUCGCGAGACCAUUCUCGACAGCGCGUCCGCAGCGCUCGGGGAGGCGUGGUCUGGCGUUCGCACCCUCGUCCGCGGCUCGCGCUCGCGCGACCGUUCGGGGUACAGCCAGCUGCCUGUCGAGAUGAGCGAGGCGGUAUAG